AUGUCCGCAUCUAUGUGCCGGAAGCGGGCGUCCUCCUUCUCCGAGGAACGCUCCCACGCGGAGGCGUCGUCCUCACCGCCCUCCAAGCGCGCACGCUUCCGCGCAGACGGAGGCAGCCCCAAGCCGCGGGGCGUCGUCGACUCCGACCUGGUGGCCGUGAUCCGCGCGCGGUUCCCUUCCGUGAGGCCUGAGUUCAUUGAAAAGGCUCUGGAAGAAUGUGAAAACGAUUUGGAUUCAGCAAUGAAGUAUUUGCUUCCUCUACACUUAGAACCCACAGAAUAUAAUGUGGAUCCCGUGUAUCAAUCUCCCAAUGAAAUGUCUACUGAGGUUCAAGUGCCCAAUGAAGGUAUUGUAGAAUGUAAUAAUGAAGUUCCUGCACCCAUAGGAAGUGUUCCCGGUGCAGAGAACCUUCAAUCAGGUAUCACCCAAUGGGUUGAGAUUCUUAUGAAUGAGAUGGCAAGUGCCUCUAGUUCAGAUGAUGCAAAGGCUCGUGCGUCAAGAGUACUGGAGGCUUAUGGCAAGUCCACGUCCUCUUGUAUCCGUACAGAAGCAAUGCAGAAAUAUCAGAAGGAAAUUUUGUUGUACAAGGAACAAUUUGAAGCCGUCAUUAAAGAAAAUACUAUUCUUAAGAAAGCCGUGGCAAUACAACAUGAACGCCAAAAGGAGCAUGAAGAGAGAAACCAGGAGCUUCAACAACUAAAGCAGUUGGUUAUGCAGUACCGGGAACAAAUUAGGAAUCUUGAGAUAAACAACUACGCCUUGUCCAUGCACCUCAGACAAUCUCAGCAGGGUAACUCGAUUCCAGGGCACUUUCAUCGGGACAUUUUGUGA